AUGCCUAUUGAAUAUGUUCUUCUUGCUACGACACCACGGUACAACCACGAGGGAUUCGAGCAAUGUCUUAAAAUGAUAGAUCAAGAGGGAGAGCUAAGUGAAUGUGAGGAGUCUGGAGGCUUAUCCAACCCUUAUGCCAUUAUGGAUAUCGAGGAGGAAUCCUUCAUUGACUGCUUUGUGAAUUCCGGAGAGAGUUUCAGGCUCUCGUGGGAGCUUUACGGCCAUGCGUCUCAGUUUACGCUUUUAAAAGCAUCUGAGUCGGCGAUCCACGCAGUCGCUACUGGAACCUUUGAGGGUAUCUUCUCGGUCUGGACUCGUGAAUUGGAUUGUACUCUCUGCCUACAAGUCGCAAAGGGGGUGAUGUAG